AUGCCUCCCAGCGGCCAUCCCUUUGGCCUCCGCUGGCGAGCCAACACUCUUUUCAUCAUCUCUACAGUUGCCAUCGGCCUGUUCACCGACCUCUUCCUCUACGGACUUGUCGUCCCCGUAUUACCAUUUAUGCUCCAAGAGCGUAUACAUCUCCCCGAGGACAAAAUUCAAUCCUGGGUGUCUGGACUUCUAGCUGCCUAUGCUGGCGCUAGUGUCGUCUUCUCCAUCCCUGUCGGGAUCGUCGCUGACCGCACCAAUGCUCGGCGGACACCUUUCCUUUGCGGCCUUACCGCCCUGCUUGCCGCUACCAUCAUGCUGGCUCUGGGUCAGAAUAUUGUGGCGCUUGUUGUAGCCAGGAUCCUACAAGGGACAAGUGCCGCUGUUGUCUGGACUGUGGGUUUGGCCAUGGUGCUAGAUACUGUGGGACCCCAGAACCUUGGUAAAGUAAUUGGAACGAUUUUCUCCAUCAUAUCAGUCGGCGAACUGGCGGCCCCUGUUCUAGGAGGAGUCCUGUACCGCAAGACUGGCUAUGUAGGAGUGUUUGGAUUAGGUGCCGCCUUUCUUGGAGUCGACUUUAUCAUGCGUAUCUUGGUGAUUGAAAAGAAAGUCGCAGUGAAAUAUGACAAAACUCUUGCAGAGAUUCAGAAUCCCCGCGACGCCGAAGCGCGCCCUGGAGGAACGGAUAGCGAGGACGAUCGGAGCGAAGACGAACCCCUGUUGCCAAAAAAGGAGGAAGAUAACUAUCGCAUUCCAGAAGGUCAAAACAGGCUGGUCCGAACGCUUCCUAUCCUCUACUGUCUAUCCAACCCCCGGCUUCUUGUCGCUUUGCUGCUUGCAUUCGUUCAAGCUGCGUUACUCGCCACCUUUGACGCCACCAUUCCCACCGAAGCACAGACGUUGUUCGAGUUCGAUUCUUUACAGUCCGGCCUCCUCUUCAUUGGCCUUGACAUUCCAUAUCUCCUCCUCGGUCCUAUAGCUGGCUGGGCCGUUGACAAAUAUGGUACAAAACCAGCCGCGGUCCUGGGUUUCGGCUACCUCGUUCCAACCUUGAUACUACUCCGCCUACCCUCGUCACAAGUCGCACCCAGCCGUACUGCUAAUGUCGUCUUAUACUCCGCUCUCCUGGCCCUCAAUGGAAUUGGCUUGGCAAUCAUCGGCUCACCAUCCAUCGUUGAGGCCUCGGAUGUGGUGCAAAAAUACGACAAAGCCAAUCCGGGACUCUUUGGAGAAAAUGGGCCCUAUGCUCAACUUUACGGCUUCAAUUCCCUGGUGUUUUCCGCCGGGUUGACGGUCGGACCCGUCUUGAGCGGAUCCUUGAGGGACAGUAUAGGCUAUGGCAACAUGAACGUCGUGGUGGCAUGCAUUGCAGGGGUCACGGCUAUAUUGAGUUUCUUCUUUGUCGGCGGUCGACCGAGGAUACUAAAGAAGAACAAGAGACAGCUAGAUGAGAGGUAG